ACUAGCACGACGCUCUGUCUCUCCCGCCCCGGCGUUCCCAACCGCCAGCACAAGCCCUCGCCAAUCGGCAAUCGCCAUGGCCGGCAGCCACCUGCGCUCGCUCCGCUUCCUCGCCUUCUCCUCCGCCAGGUCCCGUUCCCUCCUCCACCUACUCGCCCGCCCCCUCACCUCUUCCCAAUCUUCUCACGCCUACCACCAUUCCCCCUACCCUGCCGCCGCCCCCAACCAUGUCCACCAGGCGCAGCAGCAGCAGUGGUCUCCCCCACGGAACCCUUGUCCCGACGCCCUCCCUCCACAAUGGUCCUCGCAGGGACAUCCCUCUCCGCGGCCGCCGAGAAACUACCAGCAGCAGGGGCCGCCUCCGCCGCGCCAAACCUACAGGUCUGCACCCACGCAGCAGCCGGUGCCACCGCCACGCCACGGCUACGAGCCUCCUUCCUCGCAGCAGCACGCGACCCCACCGCCGCCGCCGCCGCCGCCUGAACCUGUUGCGGGGCCUGGUGAGCUGAUUGGACUGUGCCGGGAGGGACGGGUCAAGGACGCAGUUGAGCUUCUCGCCAAGGGGGCGCGUGCGGACCCGCCCGCCUUCUACGAGCUCGCCGCCGCCUGCUCCAACCCGAAGCUGAUCGAGGAGCUCAGGAAGGUGCACGACUUCUUCCUCCGUUCGCCCUUCCGUGGGGAUCUCCGGGUCAACAACAAGCUGCUCGAGAUGUACACCAAGUGUGGUGCCAUGCCCCACGCGCGCAGGACGUUCGACAAUAUGCCUGACCGCGACAUGGACUCGUGGCACAUCAUGAUGGAUGGGUACUCAAUGAACGGUCUCGGGGAUGAGGCACUGCGGAUGUUCGAGCUGAUGAAGGAAUGCUUAGCACCGACCAGCCAUACCUAUGUGCUUGUGCUCAAUGCUUGUGCCAACUCGGAGGCUAUUGAGGAGGCAUUCCUUUACUUCGAUGCCAUGUCCAGAGACCAUGGCAUUGAGCCUGGUGUGGAGCACUAUGUUGGGAUCAUUGAGGUGUUGGGGAAGUCGGGGCAUCUCAACGAGGCUCUGGAGUACAUCGAGAAGCUGCCUUUCGAGCCCAAUGCUAUGGUAUGGGAGUCAGUUUUGAACCUGGCACGUAUGAAUGGUGACAUUGAUCUUGAGGACCGGGCAGAGGAGCUAUUGGUGUCGCUUGAUCCAUCCAAGGCAAAUCCUAAGAAGCUCUCAACCCUACCUCCAAAGAGGCGUAUGGGGAUUAACAUGCUCGAUGGGAGGAACAGGCUGGUGGAGUACCGAUUGCCACCCAAGAUUGAAAGGAAGGUGGUGAAUGAGCAGAGGUAUGUCCCAGAUACAAGGUAUGUGCUCCAUGACAUUGAUCAGGAGGCAAAGGAGCAGGCAUUGCUGUACCAUAGUGAGAGGCUGGCAAUUGCGUAUGGUCUGAUUAGCACCCCAGCAAGGACUCCACUUCGCAUCAUUAAGAACCUCAGGAUAUGCGGGGACUGCCACAAUGCCAUCAAGAUUAUGUCGAGGAUCGUAGGGAGAGAGCUCAUUGUUAGGGACAAUAAGAGGUUCCACCAUUUCAAGGAUGGGAAGUGCUCUUGUGGGGAUUAUUGGUGAACAUGGAUCCUACAAUCCGAAUGUGGUAGAUACUGAAGUUUACCGGUAUCCUAUUUGAAUAUAUGCUUACAUCAUGUCCUUGUUCCUAGUGUGGCUGCAACAUUACACCUUGUGAUUUGCAUGUGAACCUGUUGGUCAUUGCCACCCACAUAGUACUUGCGAAUUGAGAUUAAUAGAGUUGGACAAAAAAAAGUGUAAUAGAGAAUUAAUGGUGACUGAUGGUCAACAUUGCGUUCUGCUUAUAAUUCUUUAAAGUUACUGUUUUUGUGACAAGCGAUAACUAUGAUAAUAUGCAGAUAACCUCAAGGUUGGCUUUGUGAGUUCA